AUGGAUGAGUCUUUGCCAAGCCGCAUCCUACCAUAUAUGUACCUGGGAAAUUUAACUCAUGCUAACAAUCCGGAGCUCCUCCGCAACUUAGGCAUUAGACGUAUACUUAGCAUUGGAGAAUCUGUCUCAUGGCGACCGUCAGAGACUGGAAAAUGGGACCCGGAAAAUUUGAUGAUGAUAAACGAAGUGCAGGAUAAUGGCAUAGAUCCUUUGACCCAGCAAUUUGAUCGUUGUCUACAGUUUAUUGGAUGGUACUGCAACGUUGGUGCAUUGCCGCGUUGGGGUUUCGAGAUCUGCUACGAUUUGUAUUGCGCAAGUGAUGGCUUUUGCUUCGUUCGUGCCCGGCGUCUAAACGUCAUCAUCCAACCACACUUGCGGUUUGUCUACGAGCUCCUCAAAUGGGACGAACUCCUCCAGCAAAAGCGCCACGAACCAAUCCGCCGAGAUCUAGAAUGGGCAACCAUCGCACGCGAGAUAGCUCUCAUGAACAAACCAUACUCGAAAUGA